AUGAAUUCUCUUCUUCUUCUUCUUCUCUCUCUCUCUCUCUCUCUCUCUCUCUCUCUCUCUUCCAGCUAUGGUGACGUCGAAAAAAGUAUUUGCAAGGAGAUACCCUCAGAAUACUACAAAGGAGAAGGAAUUCCUAAACUAAAGGGUCUUUACUUUUUCCAUCUCUCUCUCUCUCUCUCUCUCUCUCUCUCUCUCUCUCUCUCUCUCUCACGUGCUAAAAAAAAAGAAAAGAAAAGUCAGUCUCUCUCUCUCUCUCUCUCUCUCUCUCUCUCUCUCUCUCUCUCUCUCAUGAUCUUUUUUUGUUAUUCUCUUUCUCUUUCCUGUACAUUCUUUCUCCGAUUUCCGCUCUUGUUCAUUCAUCUAUUCUUUCCUAUUCGUUUCUUCAUUCAUUCCCCCCCCUCAUCGUUCCCUUUCACUGCCUCUCUCAUUCACCCGUUCAUUCUCUUUCCCCAGCUCCUUCUUUUUUAUCUACCAAACCGAUUCAUUUUCGUACGCCCGUCUUCACUAUUUCUCUCUCUCUCCAACUGGGUCUUUUAUUCAUUUCAUCUUCUUUCGCCAGAUUUAUUCAUUCACUCUUUCUUUCAUUUUCGUUCUCUUUCUUCGACUCGUUCAUUGAUUCUCUUGAGUCGAGACAUUCUUUUCUCAUUCCUUUAUUCUUUAAUUUUUGCAUACAAUUCUUAUUCGUUCAUUCAUUCGCCCCUUUCUUUCUUCAUUGUCUCUCACUCAUUCCUUCCUUGUCUUAUUCAUGUAUUCAGUCUCUCGUUCAUUUCUCCCUUCAAUCUCUCAUUUUCUCCAUUCUCUUUCCGACUUAUUCCUUUUACCACCAACCAGCUUGUUUCUUUAUUUAUUAACGCUUUCAUAUUUCUACUCCUUUUUUAUCCCUUUUCUUCUACAGACAUUUCUAUCUGCAUUUAUCCGCUACACUUUCUUCUUCUGUCAGUCAAAUUCAUUCGACCACCCUCCGCCUUUGUCGAUAUUCUCUUCUGGGUCCCGACUGUCGUCAAUCAGCCCUUCCCUGUUUCCGAGGAACGGUGUAAAGGUUUUCACUCCCAUCGUCGGUCAGUCGCCGUCAUUCAUAGUUCAGUCCGGAGGUUAUAUUCUUUUUUCUUGUAUAACGUAGAGUAUCGUGCGAGUUUUUACAAUCAGUUUCUCUCUCUCUCUGUGUCUCUGUCUCUCUAUGUGUCUCUGUCUGUGUCUCUGUAUGUGUCUCUGUCUGUGUCUCUGUCUGUGUCUCUGUCUGUGUCUCUGUCUGUGUCUCUGUCUCUCUAUGUGUCUCUGUCUGUCUCUGUCUCUCUAUGUGUCUCUGUCUGUCUCUGUCUCUCUAUGUGUCUCUGUCUCUCUAUGUGUCUCUGUCUGUCUCUGUCUCUCUAUGUGUCUCUGUCUGUCUCUGUCUCUCUAUGUGUCUCUGUCUGUCUCUGUCUCUCUAUGUGUCUCUGUCUCUCUAUGUGUCUCUGUCUCUCUAUGUGUCUCUGUCUGUCUCUGUCUCUCUAUGUGUCUCUGUCUCUCUAUGUGUCUCUAUGUGUCUCUGUCUCUCUAUGUGUCUCUGUCUGUCUCUGUCUCUCUAUGUGUCUCUGUCUGUCUCUGUCUCUCUAUGUGUCUCUGUCUGUCUCUGUCUCUCUCUCAAAUGCAUUUUCGAUCUCAAUUUUCAUAAGACUCUCGCACUAUCCACAUUUUGGCAUCGGACCUAUAAAAAAAAAAUCAAACAUUAAUCAUCGUUGUCAAAGGCAAUUCGCUUGGGCUCUAUCAGUAGUGAAAGAAAUCGAGUUCGUUGCAUUAAGCAUUAGUAAAAGCAGUCGUACUGUAAGUAUUUUCGUUUUUGUUCAUUAUUCUUAG